AAUUUAGCAUGGCCGAUCCACCUAGCCUGCACAUCUUUGGACUGCGGGAGGAAACCGGAGCACCCGGAGGAAACCCAUGCAGACACGGGGAGAAUGUGCAAACUCCGCACAGAGAGUCGCCCAAGGCUCGAAUCGAUCCCAGGUCUCUGGCGCUGUGAGGCUGCAGUGCUAACCACUGAGCCACCAGACCAACCCAGCUCAAUUAUCCUAUUAGCUGCCUUUGCUGUUAGAUUAUGAAUAAAGGUUUGCCUUUUUAAAUGUUUAAAUAGGCUUUCAUGAAUGGGACAAUUUCAUUUAAUGUACAGAAGGCUGUAAUCAAGACUUCGACUUUUAUAUUAUUUCACCUCAGGAUGGUUCCUGAAUGGUUCAUGGUGAUGAUGGGUAAGUUGGCCAAGUGUGAUUGGUGGGUUGGCAUUAAGUUGCCAUGGUGCUUUGAAGAAUUAUGAGAUGGGUGGAGGACAUGAGUUGGUAUUGAAUCAUGUGGGUGUUUGCUGGUGGUAAGGGGUUUGGCUGGGAUAUGAGAGGUGUAAGUUGAAAGGACUAAAAUUUCAUUGUAACUAUGAUGGAGUCUCAAGAACUGAUGCAGGCCUUUUACCCAGCCCAUUUGGAAGCCUCUGAGGGGCAGGGAAGGAGCAGAUCCAACUUUAUCCUGCACUUGCCUUCACCAACAAAAAUAUUUCAAAGAGACAGAGAGUUAAAUGGGUUAUGGUUUUGGAAGGUGUUUUGAUUGAGGAGGUUUGGUGACUUGCGGCAGUAGUAUUUCUUCCAAAGAAUUGUUACCAGGCACAAAACAUUAACUCUGCUUUCUCUCCACAGAUGUUGUCAGACCUGCUGAGUUUCUCCAGCAAUUUCUGUUACAGAUCUUCAGCCUAUGCAGUUCCUUCAUUUAUUCAUAUGGCUAGUCCAGUUCUGAAAAUCAACAAGUUGUUGUUGGAGGAUUCAGCAAUGAUCAUUCGAUUGAAUAUAAAGGGGCGGUGGUUAGAUGCUCUCUUUUUGGAGCUGGUCAUUGCUUGACCCUUAUGUGGCCUGAAUCUUGCUUGCCUGUCGCCAAUCCAAGCCUGCAUUUGUCAAGGUCUGCUUCAGCAUAAGAAGAGUGGUGUCGGGUGCUGAACAUUGUUCCACGAUGAGUGAACAUUCCUAGUUCUGACCUUAUGUUGGAGGGAAGGUUUUGAUGAAGCCACACAUGGUUCAGCCUUAAUGUUGAAGGGAAUUACUGGUACCUCAAGUGCCCCCUUGUACAAGCUGAAGUCAUCAUCCUCAGAAAAAGACUCUCACUGUCCACCCUAUCUCAUCAUCUGAUCAUCUUGUAUGUCUCUAUUAAAUCCCCUCUUAGCCUCCUUUUCUCCAAUGAGAACAGACCCAAAUCCCUCAGCCUUUAUUCAGAGGGCCUGCACUCCAGACCAGGCAACAUCCUGGUAAAUCUCCUCUGCACCUUCUCCAAUGUUUCCACAUCCUUCCUGUAAUGGGGCGACCAAAAUUGCACGCAAUAUUCCAAAUGAGGCCGUACUCGUGUUUUGUACAGUUGCAGCAUGACAUUACGGCUCCAGAACUCAAUCCCUCUAUCAAUAAAACCUAACACACCGUAGGCCUUCCUGAAAGCACCAUCAACCUGGGUCGCAACUUUCAGGGAUGUAUGUACAUGGACACCAAGAUCCCUCUGCACAUCCCCACUCCCAAGAAACUUUCCAUUGACCCGGUAUUCGGCCUUCCUAUUAUUCCUCCCAAAGUGAAUCGCCUCACAUUUAUCCAUAUUGAACUCCAUUUGCCACCUUUCAGCCCAAUUCUGCAGUUUAUCCAAGUCUCCCUGCAACCUGCAACAUUCUUCCACACUGUGCACCACUCCACUGACUUUAGUGUCAUCUGCAAAUUUACAAACCCAUCCACCUCUGCCUGCGUCCAAGUCAUUUAUAAAAGUGACAAACAGCAGUGGUGCCAAAACAGAUCCUUGAGGCACACCACAAGUGACCUGACUCCAGGCUGAAGAUUUUCCAUCAACCAUCACUCGUUGUCUUCUUCGAAAAAGCCAGCUUCUAAUCCAAACUGCUUAAUUUCCCUCAAUCCCGUGCCUCUGUAUUUUCUCCAAUAGCCUACCAUGUGGAACCUUAUCAAAGGCUUUACUGAAGUCCAUGUACACCACGUCAACGGCCCUUCUCUCAUCCACAUGCUUGGUCACCUUCUCAAAAACAUCAAGAGGGACAGACUCCGUGCCAGAGACCUGCACCCCUGCAUACCAGUGCAUGCUCCUGAUAAAGAAUCCACGAUGGAAAAUAGUGAAGAGACGGUUAAGUACUUUCAACACAAUGGCAUCAUAUUCUGUUCAUCGAUACACUCAGUUGAGCGACUUGAAUGGUUAAAAGAUUUCAACAUCGAUCCAGAUAUUCCACUCCUCAUCGCUUACCCCAAAUCUGGAACUACUUGGAUGCAGCAGAUCAUAAGUCUGAUUUUAUGUGAUGACAAUGAGUCCACAAAACAGAUGGACCUCUAUCUUCGAGCCCCACGGAUAGAGAGUGCUCGAUUCAAGCUUGAAAGCACAGACUAUCAACUAUUGUCAACACACUUAAACUACCAAAUGGUGCCAAAUAGUGUGAAAAACAAAAUGCACAAGAUUAUUUAUGUUGCCAGAAAUCCCAAGGAUGUGAUUGUGUCAUCAUACCACUUUCACAAAUAUAGCCGUUUCUUGGAGGCACCGAAGGAUUUUCAGGAAUUUUUGGAGCAAUUUGUUGAAGGAAAUGUGUUUUUUGGAUCUUGGUUUGAACAUAUCAAAGGCUGGUACGGUCAUAAAGAUGAACUCAACAUCUUGUUUGUGGCUUAUGAGGAUAUGAUAAAAGAUCUCCGGAAUGUUGUCCAAAAAGUUGCAUCUUUUCUGAAUAAAAAGUUGGAUGGAGAAACCUUGGAGUCAAUUUUGAAUCAAUGCACAUUUAAAUGUAUGAAAGAAGAUCCUCGAACAAACUUCCAAGGUGUAUCAGAGUUGUUCAAUACUGAGAGUGGCUCUUUUUAUAGAAAAGGAAUUACUGGAGACUGGAAGAAUCACUUUCUUGUGUCUCAGAAUGAGUGGUUUGAUUCCAUCUACCAGGAGAAAAUGGGAGACUUUCCUCUGAAGUUUGACAGUGCUGUGAAUGAUCAGACAUCAUUCCCAAAUAAGUAGUAAUUUUAAAAUUCAAAUAUUGCAGAAUGUGUGAUUCUCCAAUAUCUUUCUAUCGAACUUUUCCUGAUGUAUCCUGCACGGGCAUUCAAAGAUGUUAAAGGAACUGACCCCCUUGUUCAUCAAGAAUCUAUCCAUCCCUGACUUAAAAAUACUCAAAGGCUCUGAUUCCACUACCUUUCAAGUAAGAGAAUUCCAAAUAAGCUACCGUCCAUUUUUAAACAAAGACUUGUAAUUGUAAAUUCUCCAGUAGUGGGAAGAAUCCAUUCCAUAUCAAAUCUGACAAGACCCUUUGGGAUCUUGUCUGUUUCAGUCAAGUUACCUGUUAAUUUUCUCAACUCCAUGAACUACAAGUCCACCCUGUCCAAUGUCUCCUUGUGAGAUCUUUGAUUCCUUUGAUAAACCUUCUCUGUUCUGUUUCCAAGGCAUCUGCAUCCUUCCUUAAAUUAGGAGUCCAAUACUGUACACAGUACUUGAAUGUAGCCUCACUAGUGACCAGUAUAACUGAAGAAUAACCUCUCAAUUUUUGUAUUCUCUUCCCUUUGCAAUAAACAAGAGCUUUCUUUUGGAUCCAACCAUUUCAUUUUACUUCCAAACUCAACUAUUCGAAGGAAUUCCUGGCUGGCCUUCUAUUGCUCUACCUCAAUAAACCUUUCACUUAAAAUCCUGCCUCACUUAUCCCAAAUCUGACAAGGCUGGCAGUUGUUGGCCUUCUCUAAGAACUCUUGAAUUGAUUAGUUAUCUGGACCACUUCAGAGUCAAUCACCUUACUGUGGGUAUGGGGUCACACGUAGCUAACAGAUGAGGAUGAUUGAUUUCCUUCCCUAAAGAACAUUAGUGAAUUGGAUGUAUUUUACCGCAAUCAACAAUGGUUAUGUGGCCAGUAUUAGAUGAUUUUUUAUUUCCAGAUGAUAUUGAAUUAAAUUUUCACCAGUAGCCAGAGUGGGAUUUUGACCCCUGUUUUCAGAACAUUAGCCGCCACUUCUGGAUUUCUAGUCCAGUGACAUUACCAUUAUGUCGCAGCCUCCCCAUAAUAAUAAAGAAAGACCACAUGCAUCUCUUCUGAACCAUUUCACCUACCUGCCCAACUAUCUUUUAGAAUCUGUGGCCAAACACUCUGAGGUCUUUCGUUUCCUCUAAACUUUUCAGUCCCAUUUAUGGGUAUUAAUUUGAUUUCUCCAAAAAUAGUGUUCCAAAUAAUAAUAAAAUAGUGUUCUUCAUAUUGAAUUCAAUUUGCUCAUCUGACCAGUUGGUGUCAAAAUAAUUUAUUUUUCAACAGCUUCUAUCGAGAUUUCUUCAGGAUUAUUUUUGGAUUUUCAGGGCGAUGGAUUGAUGUUCAGGAGUUUCUUUCUCAUCCUCAAUAACUCCUUUAUUUGUUAAUUAAGUCACAAAGUAACUACUUGAUUUAUCUUAACGCAUGGGAUAUUCUUGCUGACAUUUGGAGUAUCUGAACUCUCAGAUUUAGAUGAAUUAGAUUAGAUUAGAUUCCCUACAGUGUGGAAACAGGCCCUUUAGCCCAACAAGUCCACACCGCCCCUUGGAGCAUGCCACCCAGACCCAUCCCCCUAUAACCCACACACCUCCUGAACACUACGGGCAAUUUAGCAUGGCGAAUUCACCUAGCCCGUACAUCUUUGGACUGUGGGAGGAAGCUGGAGCACCCGGAGGAAACCCAUGCAGACAUGGGGAGAAUGUGCAAACUCCACACAGACAGUUCCCCGAUGUUGAAAUCGAACCCAGGUCCCUGGUGCUGUGAGGUUGCGGUGCUAACCACUGAGCCACUGUGCUCCCCAAAUUCAACAAUACCCUCACUUAGCCUGAGCCUAGUAAACUUAAAGCCAUGACAUUUCAUGAAAUCAUUAAUCUCCUGGGCACUGCAGUAUUUAAAUUGGGAAGAGACACUCAACAAACUUUAGCAAUAUAAGUCUUCCAUGCAAAAGAAUAACUUGUACACGCUGCUGCACAUUAAAAAAAACCUGAAACAAGCUUCCCACAGACUGACGAGUUCUCAACAAAACAGUUGCAUCUUUGUUAUUGACAUGGUGACUGUACCUUAAGUAACAUAAAAAAUGUUUUAAUGAAGUAGAACUGUUUAAUGUUAAAAAUUAGCCAAUUGGCCAUGUGCAUAACAAUAACUUCACCGCUUUCUAGGGAAAAGGUAUAAAUUUGCAACUCCUCUUUCCUUACCUUUAUAGCUCCUCUUCCCCCACCCUGUUGUAGCUUCUCACCGUCACUUUGUAUUUCCCUUUCAACCCCUUUUUCAUUCCCUCGCUACUCUGCAGCUACACUUCUUUCCAGAUUCCAGGACUGGUAGCUUUGCUCCGCGGGCCCUGGCGUCACCUUCCAUUCCCACAGACUUCAGCUUUGCAGCCUUGCUGACUGCUCCCACUCACCUCACUGAUGAUUCAGUUGCAGACUGCUCCCCUCCCAUGUUUGCAAGUGAGAGCCAGCCUGUGAUUGGAGGCGCAGCUCCUCAAGGAUAUUGUCCAUUCUGUUGAUGGGAUAGCUUUACGCCCAAUUGUUCUCCCGUGACAAAAUAUUCCCAGGUCUUUUGAGAGGAUUUUGAGAUAAAUUCCCCCACCUUCCCAAGUAUUUUGAGUGUUGCUGACCAGCCUAUUAAUAUAUUCCUGCAAUCUGCAGCUUUCUCUCACUAUUAGCUAAACUUCCUUUCUGCGAACUUCUUAAUAGUCUCCUCUAAAUUUAAGCGUAUAUCACCAAUAUUUACAUAUUUUAGUCUCAAUCAUUCACAUAUAUAUAAGCAUUUAGAUUUUAAUAGAUGGCAUAAUCUGUGUAAAUCAGAUAUACAUUGGAUAUAAAAAUAAUACAUAUCAAUGUUUAAAUUGUAAUAUACGUGAUAAUUACAAGCCUGUGCCAACUCCCACAAAAAGAUAGCAGGCGAGUGUAAUGGAAAGCAAGUGCUGUUUAUUUGUGAACUGAAAAAUCUGGACCAACACACUUCCAUUUCUUCUCAUGAAUAAAUAAAAUAUAAAAAUCAAAACAUAUAAUUGAAAAUGAUAUUGCUAAAGACAUCUGGCAGAAAUGAUGAUCCCACUUUGCUGGCACCAGAAAUCCUAAUUUUUGCAUUUCUUUGUCAUAUAGGUCAAGCUCCUUUACAGCCAGAAUAAAUUUGCAUAAUUGGUAGCUGAUCUCAAUGUUUCAAUUGUCAAAUGUGUACUAUCUCCCUGGUACCUCAAAAUUGAUAUAAAUGCCCGAGCAGGCGAUGCAGGUCGUUUUCAGAAAAUCCGCUGAAAAUUCAGACCACACCACUCCUUUCAUUGAAUACCAAUGAUAUUUUAAAAAGUGACCACUCGUGCACAUGGGGUACAAACACAAAGUUGCUGGAAAUGUUCAGCAGGUCUGGCACUAUCUGUGAAGGUAAAAACAGAGUUAAUGUUUUGGGUCCGGUGACACUUCGUCAGAACUCAUACGCAUGGAAUGGUUCACUUGUAUAUUUGGUGUAUAAGUGGAUCCCUGCAUUUGGAAGACUUUGUUUUUCAAUUUAUAUGCCAACUUCUGCAGGAUAGUACUCUUUUGGGCUGCUUUCCCGGAUCUAUUCAUCAAUUCAUUGUAGCCUUUUUCUAUAAUGGUAGCCAAAAGGGUAAUCCUCAGACAUUGAUGAGGUGCUGCGAGAGUUGGCUGUAUCAUACUAAGUUUGAUCAAACUACUCUUCCUUAUCGAAUACUUAUGUGAAUAUCAAUAUAACUACUUCAUAAAAGUUCGAUAAUUAAUUGACAAUUUUUAUCAAAUAUUGCAUUUUAUGUAUUUUAAGAAUAAAUAGUAUACUCACUUUAUAAAUA